AUGCAAUCCAAGAUCCGAGAUGAACUCGCCCGCGAACUCAAGAUCCCAAGUGCAGAGCUGGAUGGCUCUCUGUGCUUCACUGCCCUCGGUGGCCACUCGCUGUCCGCACUGCACCUGGUAUCUAUUUUCAAACGGAUAGGGGUUUCCCUGACAGUUGGCGAACUGUUACAGAAUACACCAAUAAACGAUGUCCUCUCUCGGGCUCUUCCUGUCUACCGUCAAGCCAAUGAUCAAUCCGAUAACCAACCGACCUCAGGAAGUACAGACCUCAGCCACUCAGACAUUGACAUGGCCAUCAGCACAACGCCAUCUCCAUCCCUUUCUACCCCUUCUGUCCGGUGUCUGGCACCUGAAACCGUCGCCACCAUUGAGUCGCUACGCGAACGGAGCAUCCAGAUCCCAGAAAUGCAGCUCACUCUCAUACAAGGCACAUACGCCAAACCGGGGAAUAACAUCAUAGCCUACCACUGCAUGUGCCCUCUAGAGGAGCUACACGCCACGCAAGCCGCCUGGCAGCAAGUGAUCGAAGCAGAAGAGAUUUUUCGCAAAGACUUACGGAUCGAAGACGGCAACGGCCACCUCGUUGACACUGAAAACACUCCUUAUCGAUGGAGACGAGCUGAAGUCGCGGACCGCGAUGCGUUGGACGAUGAGCUCCGGAAGCCUCCAAGUUUUCGUGAUGUUGGAUUCGAGUUCCGGAUCAUCACGAUGGCUGGUGACGAUCCCAUAGCUUGUAUUCUGUGGCACGUACACCACGCGUUCAUCGACGGGUUCUCGAUGCAGAUAAUCCUGGAUAAGGUCUCGCGUGUUCUCGCUGGUCAGCCUAUAUACCCAGGGCCCUCGUUCGUCACAGUUGCAUCGGAACGAAAUGCGUUGAUCGAGGAACGCAAGGCUGAGGCCAUAGAAUACUGGGACUCACAGAAAGAAGUCCUUGACAUGGCAGGUGGUGAGACGCGCUUGCCUCGUUCCGCGGGUGCGGAUCUAUCCAAGAAUUUCUGGAAUCAUGUGGCCACAUUCACCCUGAAUAUACCACAAAGCCAACUGGGUGACUAUGCCCAUCGCCACCAUGUCACCGUCGCUUCUAUAUAUUAUGCAGCGUGGGCUCUCGUCCUCUCCAUCAUCUGUGAUUCUGAUGUCGUUCGAAUGGGGGUGGUAAUGUCGGGCAGAUCGCUGCCUGUCUCCGACAUCCUAGAUGUUGUUGGGAGCUUGGUCAACACCUUGCCCCUGGGCAUUGUAGUCCGCAAGGACGUAAAUACUGUUGCGUUUAUCUGCAAAGUGUUCCAGCAACUUCUCGAGCUCUCAACCUUCGACUGGAGCAUUCCCGAGCAUGGCUACCGUCGCCAGUUUUCCUCGGUUUUAGCCAUGCAACUUGACGUCGCAGGCAGGACUACACACCCAUCGUCGAUGACCUCGCCGUCAUCACGUAUGAAUAGCGACAUUCCCUUGAGUAUUACCGUCGAGGCAGACGGGACGAUCCAUGUCCAGUUCUCUCACGAGUACGACUCGGAACAUAUUAAUCUCCUGGGCACCUAUUUCACUAGGACAAUCGAGUGCCUGAUGAGACCAGCUCAUACCAUAUCAAUGUGCCUUGAGAAUAUCCUCUCGCUAGCUGAUCGACAAACGCUGCUUUCCUAUGGAAACUGUCUUUCAGGGCUCACGACAGAAAGUUCCGUCCACGAUAACCUCGUGGUCCUGAUGAAACAUGCGGCAGCCAAACAUCCAGAGUCUUGCGCGGCCAACCAAGGAGCGCAGAAGAUGUCCUAUCGCGAGCUUGAUCAGUGGAGCGACUCCGUAGCUACUCAUCUAGGCGUGUAUGUCAGACAAGGAGAUGUCGUUUGCGUGCACGCAAAUCCAUCAAUCUACUGGCUUGUCGCGAUUUACGGAAUCCUGAAGGCGGGCGCAGUCUACUGCCCAUUGAACACCAACCUCAAUCCUGGACUUAGGAAUAGCAUGUUCAAGUCAUCCGGUGCUGCGGUCUACCUAACGCCCCUGUGCAGUGAGAUUAGGUACCGACCCAAGGGCAAUCGAUAUGCAUGGGCUGUGGAAGAUCUGCUGCAGCGACAGAAUGAGCAGGAGCCGGAUGAAUUUCCGCAUGUCAUGUUCCCCGAGGCUAAUGCAUACCUGUGUUUUACGUCCGGUUCAACAGGGAAGCCUAAGGGGGUGCUAUGCACGCACCAGGGAUUGGUUGCCUUCCAGAAGGACCUGGAGGUCCGUCUACACGCACAACCGGGGCGGAAGAUUGCGCAAAUAAUGUCUGUGUCUUUUGAUGGGAGCAUCCAUGAAGUAUUCUCCGCCUUGAGCUACGGAGCUACUCUGGCCCUCCCGGACGCCAACGACCCCUUUGCCCAUCUCCAUGAAGUUGACACCUGCAUCUUUACGCCUUCGUUAGCCGCGAGGUUGGACCCUACGGACUACCCCAAUCUUUCGAAUGUAUAUCUCGUCGGCGAGCAGGUCCCGCAGGAUGUUAACGACCGCUGGGCGGCAAGAGUAUCCCUAUACAACAUGUAUGGCCCAACAGAAGCAACAUGCGGUGCGACAAUCAAACGCCUACUCCCAGGACAUAAAGUGACCAUCGGUCGUCCCAAUCCUACAACACGGAUCUACAUCCUCGAUCGCAACCGCCACCUCGCACCACAAGGCGUAAUGGGUCAGAUCUACCUCGCAGGUGUACAGGUGUCAAACGGAUAUAUCAACGAGCCGGAUCUAACCAAGAAGCGCUUCUUUCCAGAUUCUAUUUGCCGUGGACUGGGAGAACGAAUGUACGCCACGGGGGAUAUCGGAUACUGGAAUGAAGAUGGCGAGCUCGUCUGUCUUGGAAGGAAUGAUCGACAGACGAAACUACGGGGCUUUCGGCUGGAUCUGGAUGACCUUGAAGCACGCAUCGCUGGACUACCCGACGUCGCAGCCGUAGCUAUAGCCCGAUACGAGGAUGAUCUUGUCGCCUUAGUUCAGCCGGCGACAGUCUGUGUGGCGGAGUGCAGGAAGCAUAUAUCGACUGUUCUUCCUGUCCAUGCUAUACCGCGAUACAUCAUUCCUGUAUCCCAAUUUCCCAUGACACCUGUCGGCAAGCUUGACUAUAAAGCUAUCGUGCAGAAUGUGGACGUGAGGAGGAUGUCGAGGCUAUCAAACGAGAUGAACACGACAGAACGGAAGACCACCAGUAUCUGGGCUGAUAUCCUGGCUGUUAAGGAAAUUGAAAUAACCCCCGAGACAGGUUUUCUAGCAAUGGGUGGUCAUUCGUUGCUACAACUGCGACUAGCCAGUCGUCUCAGCAAAGCAUUCAAUAUUUCCGUCCCUCUCACAACGAUAAUCGAAGCCGCUACACUUCGGGACCUAUCUGUUGAGAUAGAUAAGUUGCGAGAACGAGAGUGUCGGGGGGCGGUGCACGUGUCUAGCGAGUUGGACGAAGGCGCUGUCUCGCGAAUGGAGGCUGAGUGGAUUUCCAAGUACGCCUGUAGCGAGAGUACGACCUCAUUCAACGUGUCUUUUGCCUGUCAAUUGAGCGCCUCUGUUGAUGUGGACCGCUUGAGGGAGGCUUGGAAUGCUGUCAUAGCAGCUCAUGACAUCCUCAGAUCCCGAUAUACUGUCUGCGGAGGACAGCCUAGGCGUGUAUAUUCGGAUCGAGCACCGGUUGUGCGAACAGUGGACAAUUAUGACAUCCUGAAGGAGAUAAACCGGCCUUUCAACAUCUUUGAGGAGGACAUUAUCCGUGUCAUCAUGUCGCCCAAUAUGCUGCUUAUCACUGUCAGCCAUAUCGUCUGCGACCUCACGACAAUGCAGGUGCUACUCAACGAAGCACAACGCGUCUACCAAGGCGCCACCCCCAGGAGCGGCACUCCGUCAUACAUGGCAGCUGAUGCCUGGUAUCGAGUCGCGCCAGACGGCGACUUGGCAUUCUGGACAACAUACCUUCGAGGCGCGCCACGCCCAACAAGGAAGCGAGCCAGCUAUGCAGGAACCUCGCGCGUUAGUAUACUUCCACAAGAAACAGCUUUCGCGAUGAAUGCCUUCAUAAAGGCUUCGCCAUUCAGCCACCAUCAAGUUGCCCUUGCUGCAGUAUCCCUCGCUCUCCACACCCAGCAAGGUCACAUAGAUACUCUCCUCGGCGGCCCAUUUCUUAACCGCUGGUCCGAGAAUGACAUGAACACUAUCGGAUUAUUCCUGGAACCACUCCCCUUCCGCAUCCAGUUCGACCUUACGACCGUCCCCGAUGCGGACGCAUAUGCAUUCCUGCGAUCUAUACAAUGUUCGAGUCAGGCCGCUAUAUCACAUGCUGUCCCCUGGCAAGAACUGCUGUGUCACUUGAAUAUCACGCCAGGGUUUCCGAAUCACCCGCUCUUUGAGAUGAUGGUGACAUUUCACAACAGGGCGAAUGGGCUCACAUUUGAUGUUGAUGGGGCUGCUCCGUUGUAUACCUGGUCUGAGGGAUCUAAGUUUGGUCUCAUGUGCGAGUUUACAGAAUUGUCUGACGGGGAGAUCUUGCUCCGGUUGGAAUAUGAUGAGAGUUUAUAUCCACAUACGGCGAUCUGUAUGAUUGAAAGAAAGAUUGUACUUACUAUGGAACUCUUGGCAAGGAAUGCCUUUUAUACUGAGAUGAUGCGCCGGUUGCACGAAGUCGAAAUGGAGACAUCUAACCCACAGUCUAAGGAUCCAGCAGACAUGUUUCUAUCGCCAGUGAGGCGCCCAUGA